AUGAUACAUUGCUCAAUUGGAAUAUGGGAUCUCAGUUCCUUGGCUCAACCUCAAAUCAUCACUGUGUUUGCCAACAUGAUAUUCUUGUUCAUUAUCGACGACCACUACGACAUGUACCAGUUCAUGAUCAAGGCAAUCGAGGACAAUACCUACGAGGAGAGACCGGAGUUGACUGCGUUCCAACGGGUCAACUACAGGUUGCUAAGUGAGAUACACCGCCACAGCGAUGAAGAGACCUUUGAAUACCACCGCACCUACCUACUCGAGUAUCUUUACAAUUCGCUCUUUGAGGUGAGCCUAUCCAAGAUGUCCAAGAUCAACUCUGAUGUCUACUAUCGCGCCCGUACUUCAUGGGGUGGCAGUGGCACCAUCUGCAUCCCUGGGUUUACCGCACCACAGAUGAAGGAGUGGGUCUACGCCAGCAAGCACAGUCACCUGUUCUCUGACUUGUUAACUCACAUGGCAACAUUCACCGCUCUUUGGAACGACAUGAACUCUUGGAAGAAGGAGUUGAAUGAGAAGGGCAACUUAAAUGUGUUCUCAAUUUUGGACAACGAGGAAGACGUCUACAACUACAGUCUAUCUCGUCUCAAACUGAUGGCCAACCAGCAAUUAGAUUAUCACAAUGCCUAA